GCCAAAACUACAGGUGCGCUCCUUGGCCGUUGGCCCAGGAGCCGAUGCCACCCACUCGCUCGCGGAAGGAGGAACAAGUCCACGCGAAAGGAGCAGCGACCGGCGGCGCGUCUUGCCUGCAGCCUUCCCGGCGGCGCGACCUCUGCGCGACUCCCAGUCGGCAGCGGCGGCCUCCUCCACCCCCUUCACAGCACAAAUGCGGUCGCUCCUGCUCUCCCUAGCACCGCCGAGGCCGCCCCUCCUGACGCUGAGAUGGUCGUUGGUUUCGUCUCUUGUCGCUCCGGCACCGAAGCCCCACUUCUCCGCUCCUAGCCGCGGCGCCGCCAUCAUUGGUACCGGUACCUUAUCUUAUGCUGCCAGCCGAGGCUCUUUGCCGCGCCACCUCUCCGUGGCAGCGGCAGCGGCGUCCGGCCCUUCUGAUCCCACUCCUGUCUAUGCGCAGGACGAGGCUGAGCGCACCAAGCUCGCUCAGGUUAGCAAAAAACUAAAGAAAACAGCACGGUAUUUUAAGAAUCUGGGUACCCUGGGAUUUUGGUCUCAACUGGUGUGCACAACUAUUUCGGCUGGAAUUCUGUCAUUCUCUGCAGUUGCUACAGGGGAUGCAACAGCUCCCUUUACAUUCAUAGCAACUUCAGUUGGUAUCAUUGCGGCCUUUAUCUCAGUAUUCCGGUCAUUUGGUUAUAUCCGCCUUUCGGAAAGGCUUAGAAGAGCAGCAAAUGAACCUGCUAAGGCUCCUCCUCGUGCUGACGUGGUUAAGAAUCUGAGAAAUAGUAUCAUGUUUAAUGUUGUUGGAAUGGGUGCUGCAGUUCUUGGCCUGCAGGCAACUGUAGGUGCUUUGGUAGCCAAAGCCCUCGCUACCUCAUCAGUGCCCUACUACCAGGGAAUACCCCCUGGCCAAAGUCCUGUUCUCGCUUUAGAUAUUUUUCUUGUUCAGGCUUCAGCCAACACAAUUCUCUCGCAUUUCCUUGGGCUAUCGAGCUCACUGGAGCUGCUGCGGUCUGUAACACAAGCUGCCCCGGUUCCGAAACCAGCAUGAGCUAUGCGUGCAGUUCUCAAGACCUGAAGAGUUUAUACUUCGUAUGCUCCAGCUUUUUGUUGUUUGUAUAUUAAGUUCGAGUGCAUCCUUUUUUGUAUUUGUUGGUCUCCGUUCUUUUUUGAAUUAUGAGCCAAAUCGAUCUAGUUGCAUUAGCUUUUCAUAUUUGAAUGGCAAGACUCCAAACAUAUGAGAAUGGCUCUUUUUCUCAGAAGUCAGGACUGAAUACCCCAUUGAUGUGAGUUACAAACUCAGAUAGAAGCUCCGGUGUAAAUUAUUCUUUUACUGAAGUACUACUUUGCUUAAGCUCAACAUCCGAAUGUAUCUUUGGGGAAAAAAAAGAAGACGGAAAUGUAAAGCAUACUAGAUGUGCAAGGCAAUGUAAAAUAUGAAAUUUCCAUUUCCUCUUUG